AUGGACCGUUAUAUUGAAGUUUCAGACAAGAGGAACUUAAAUCGAGACACACAGGCUGGUUCUUCUGAUGGAGUUUUGGGUCCUCCACCCAACGGAAACCCAUUUAAUUCAGAUCCACAAAUGGUUAAUAUAGCUUCCAUGUAUCUAGAAGGAAAAGUUGACAUAUGGUUUCAAGAUUAUCAAAUUGGUAAACCAUUAAUAACAUGGGAUGAUUUUGUUAGGGAUAUUUGUUUACGUUUUCAAGAGCUUGGUCAUGAUGAUGUUGUAGGGGAAUUUAACAAACUCAGUAAACUUGGAUCAGUCCUAGAUUAUCAGGAGGUCUUUGAGGAUUUGAAAGCAUUAAUGUUAGCGAAAAAUCCUUACCUCACUGAAGCAUAUUUUACUUCGAGUUUCAUCAGUGGCUUAAAGGAUGAACUCCAGUUGCACGUUCAGAUGUUUUCACCAAAAUCACUUUCUAAUGCAGUAUACUUGGCUAGAAUGCAAGAGGCACUCCUUGAGAAUGCGGCCAGAAAAAAAAAAUUCCAUUACAGACCCCCACCAUUAUCUGUUCCAACCAAUUAUUCUCAAAGACAACCUACUUCACCAGUUACAAGCCCCACCAACCACUCCCGAAAUUUUUCAUCACCUGCUGUCAGUUUUACACCACCUAUUAAGAAGUUGUCAUAUGCAGAGAUGCGCAAAAGACGAGAAAAGGGUCUUUGCUAUAACUGCAAUGAAGUUUUUCAGGCUGGCCAUAAGUGUCUUAAGCAACGAAUUUAUAUGUUGGCUGAUGAUGAUGAAGAGUCGACACUAUAUGGUGAAGAAUCACCUAUAGAGGGAGCUUCUAAGAAGCAGCCACUGACAAUCUUGAUAGACAGUGGCAGCACUCAUAGUUUUCUCGGCCCAGCUGCAGCUGCUAGAUGUGGAGGGAAUCUUGUUCCUACAGCCUCAUUGUUAGUAGCAGUAGCAAAUGGUAAUAAAAUGGUUAGUGAUGCUAAGUGUCCAUCUUUUCAGUGGCAAAUGCAGGGACACCAAUUCCAAUUUGAGAUGCGUCUCUUAACCUUGGGGUGUUGUGACAUGGUGCUUGGAGUGGAUUGGAUGAAAGGCAUGAGUCCAAUGGUUUUUGACUUCAAUAAAUUGACUGUAGAUUUCUCUCUGGAGGGGAAGCCCAUCAAACUUCAAGGUAACAGUCCCACAACUCAGAUUUCUAUGAUGACUGGUAAGGCUUUGCGUAAAUGGGUUAGACAGAAUAAACAUGGAAUGGUUGGUAGGUUAUUUGCUAUUACUGCAUGUGAAGAACAAACUGUGACACCUACCCCCAUUUUACCCUUAUUACAAAAAUAUGAAACUGUUUUUCAAGAACCCAACACUCUUCCCCCAUCUAGCGCUCAUGAUCAUCAUAUUCCAUUAAAACCACUCACUACACCUCCAAACCAAAGGCCUUAUCGUAUUCCUUAUAUUCAGAAGGAAGUAGUAGAACAACUGGUGCAGGAAAUGCUCAAAACUGGUGUGAUACAACCUAGUAUAAUCCCUUUCUCUUCUCCAAUAUUACUUGUUAAAAAGAAAGAUGGCAGCUGGCGAUUUUGUGUCGACUACAAAAAGUUAAAUGAAGCUACUAUUAAAGACAAAUACCCUAUUCCCAUUAUAGAGGAGUUAUUGGAUGAGCUGCGUGGUGCAAAGGUGUUCUCCAAGAUAGAUUUACGCGUAGGGUAUCAUCAGAUUCGUGUGUUUCCUGCAGACACAUACAAGACGUCCUUUAAGACUCAUCACGGGCAUUAUGAGUUUAUGGUGAUGCCAUUCGGAUUAACCAAUGCUCCAGCCUCCUUCCAAGCAUUAAUAAAUGAUGUUUUUCAGCCGUACUUGAGGAAGUUUAUCUUAGUGUUUUUCGAUGACAUAUUGGUAUACAGCCCAGAUAUGACUUCCCAUUUGAGACAUAUAGAGAUCACUCUUAAAACUUUACAAGAACAAACAUUAUAUGCCAAGCUCAGUAAAUGCACUUUUGGUCAACCAAAAAUCGAGUAUCUGGGUCAUAUCAUCAGUGGUGAAGGAGUCACAGCUGAUCCUAAAAAAAUCUCUUGCUAUGGUAUCAUUUGUAAGCAAUUAACAGAAUUACUUAAGAAGGAGAGCUUCAAGUGGAAUGAUGCUGCACAUAAUGCUUUUGAAGCCCUCAAACAAGCUGUCACCACCACUCCAGUGCUAGUGCUCCCUGAUUUCACACUUCCAUUUGAAAUUGAGACGGAUGCUUGUGAUACAGGUGUGGGAGCAGUUCUUAUGCAGAAUAAAAGGCCAAUUGCUUAUUUUAGCAAAGUCAUGGGAACAAUAUUUCUUCCUAUGUCCACCUAUGAGAAGGAAUUACUUGCCAUUGUGAUGGCAGUUACUAAAUGGAGGCCAUAUUGCUGGAAAAUCAUUUUACUAUUUACACAGACCAUCAAAGUCUGA